AUGGAUAUGAACAUGGACAUGCACUCUACCAGCGCAACUCCACCAACAGCUUCAGCCUCACAGACUCCUCAACCCGAAAGUGCUACGAGCUACUUUGCCUAUGGCGAGCACUCGGGUACCAUUCUAGCGCAUAUUGGGUUCAUGAUUCUAGCCUGGUGUUUUGUUCUUCCUGCAGCCGUCCUACUCAGCGUUGGCCGCUCGCGGCUUGCCCUCGCAUCACAGUUCCUGUUCCUGCUCUUCAAUACCAUCGGCCUGCUUUUCGGAAUAAUCUAUAAUAGCCAGACUCCCGAUCUGUACGAGAACAACGCCCACCACAAGAUAGGCUGGAUCGCAACAGGGGUCUUCACUGUCCAGGUCGUUUUGGCUUUGGUAUUUGUGUAUAAUGGUCGUGGCGAGCCCAGGCAGUUUCAUCGCGCUACCUUUCUGCCUGUCGCUACAGAUGAGGCUCAAUAUAUGGCAAUGGAUGAGUACUGCCCGUCCCGCGAUAGUGGUCAAGGAACCGAACCUUUAUCGCCAUCCUGCGAGGGCGAGGCGGAGGCUGAGGACGGUGACUCUGAAAGCCCUGAGAAGCCUUCCGCUCUGCGUCGCUGGUUGUACAGUUCUGUUGUCUAUCGGUUCCUCUUAACGCGCGUGCCUGGAAUUGUUUCAACCCGUAUCUCACGGGUUGUCAACGGUGUGUAUAAUGUCAUUGACCGAAUCAUCCUACCCUUGGGCUUUACAGCUAUCGCCACUGGAGCCGUUACUUAUGGCGGUAUCUUCCACGGUAUCGAAGUCUUCAACGGCGUGGCGCACUUUAUAAAAGGCGGAAUAUUCUUCUGGUAUGGCGUUCUCACACUUGGCCGGUUUAUCGGAGCCUGGGCGGACCUAGGAUGGGCCUGGAAUAAGAAGCCUCCUGCAUACAUCGUCGGCUGGAAGGCAAAGGUUCCCUCGGGCGAGUUUGUGGAGUCGUUCGUUAUCUGGUUAUAUGGCGUUACGAAUGUCUUCUUAGAGCACCUUUCUGGAUGGGGGGAAGAAUGGACGGCGAGGGAUAUGGAGCACGUCGCUAUCUCUAUAAUGUUUUUCGGUGGUGGUCUUGCUGGCAUGCUCUUUGAAUCGCGCCGUAUUCGCGAGACUCUUAACAACACCCUCCUACCACAAUCGUCUACCUACGAUGAUCCUUAUAGUCAAAACUGGGAACCUCCCAAAUCCCAGCGCGUCCCCCUUAACCCCGUGCCAGCUCUCAUUAUCCUACUCCUAGGUAUCAUGAUGAGCUCGCACCACCAAGCCAGCAUGACUUCAACAAUGGUGCACAAGCAGUGGGGAAGUAUGCUCGUUGGGUUCGCGAUAUCGCGCGGAAUGACAUAUAUCCUGCUCUUCCUGCGCCCGCCAACCUCGUACCUCCCAGCUCGUCCCCCGACUGAGAUCGUGGCGGCAUUUUGUCUUAUGGCCGGAGGACUUAUCUUCAUGCUAAGCGCCCAAGAUGUGAUCGAUGCUAUGGAGUUUUAUGAGGUGGAUCCCAUGUUCACCUUCACUGUGGGGAUGGGCUUCACGGCGUUCAUUAUGUCGCUGGUGGUUCUGGCGGUUGCACUCAAGGCGUGGGCAGUGAGGCGUGAGAGGGGACGUAAUGGAAGAUGUUUAUAG